AUGGAGGCCCUCACUGCGCUCCUCGCGCACCCGGGUGCUCCCCCGCUCAUCCACGUUCACCACCCACACCACCCUGCAUCGGCAAUCCGUCACUCCCUUUCCCUCCCGCCACGAUGCGCAGUUGCCCGUCUCGACGCCAUCGAACACCACACCCCUCGUCUAGUCUAUGCUGGCGCGCUUGGACGUCUGUCAACAGCCCUCGAGAGCACGCUGGGCCGCCAGGCAGGUGAUGAUGGUCGCGAGGUCAUUACGUGGGACGCGUUUGCGCGCUCGUUGCGUGGACUGUGGACACAGCACGUCAAGGCCAGCAAGGCCGCCGCCGGCAAGGGCAAGGGAAGGAGUAAUGGCAAUGCUGAGGAUGGCGAGGACGACGAGGGACAAGUGGUCAUUGUGGUCACCAAGGCGGAGAGGCUGAAGAGCGUGCUUGGGUCAUCGUGGACGGCGUUUUCGCGUCUCGCAGAGCUGGUCGACAUUCCCGCGACAGUCGUGUUCUGCUCACAGAUGCCAUGGGAGGACUUGCGACCACAGCGCGGCGACGUGCCCGAGCCAGUUCACCUCUAUAUGGAGCCACUGCGACGUGAUGAGAUCAUUUCCCGUCUACUUCCCGGCAGCGAGCACCCAUUGUACUCGCGCUUUGUGGACCUUCUCCUCGCAACACUUGGCCACCUCGCACCAACAUCACCGCCCAGUGAGAUUGACUAUGUCGCCGAGGCCCUUUGGCCGCUGUAUACGGCUACACUCCCGGCCCACGCUGAGAUGACCCUCCUCGGCAAGCCCUAUCCGGACCCAGAGAACCCUCCGCCUCCCCUCGCCGUCUCCGUCAAGCUCCUCACCGACCUCAAGCACCAGAUGGCUUUCGCGCUGGCGGCGGCCACCGAGAGCGUCCUCCCCCGCACCACCGGUCGCGCAGAGGUUACUCGCGCACUCAUGCCCUACGGCCCCAACGGCAUGCCACGACCCGUUCAGACACGCAGUGUCCCCCGCCCCCCACCACUCGAGCUUCCUCGCGCCGCCUGCUUCCUCCUCGUCGCGGCCUAUUGCGCCUCCUACAACCCGGCCAAGAGUGAUAUCCGUCUCUUUGGCCGUGGAACAGGAGCGGACGGCAAACGCAGGCGCGGCGGCGGCAUGCGCCGUGGCGGCUACGGCCGCCUCCGUGUGGGUAAAGUCCCCCAACGUCUCCUGGGACCACGCCCAUUCCCCCUCGACCGCCUGCUCGGCAUGUUCUCCUCGUUGUACGCCGAACACGCUGCACGGCCCGAAGACCUCCUUGCGAGCUUGGACGACUCGGACGACGAGGAUGGCAGCCGCGAAAUUGACGCGUGGCGGAACCCGGCCGCCGCCGCCGCGCGCGCCCAGCGGAAACGCGAGCGCGAGCGUGCGCGCGACGAGGCAUGGGAGGACGAAGUAGACCACUUGACAUUCUCGACCAAGCUCUGGGCACUCAUUCCCGAGCUCGAAGCGCAGGGACUGCUCCGCCGCGCGUCGCCAGUGGACCGCCUCGACAAUGUCAUGUUCCGCUGCGAGGCCGACUACGAGACGGUCAAGACGCUCGCAAAGCAGCUGAGGGUUACGCUGGACGAGUACCUCUAUGAGGAUUACGCUGGAUGA